GAUAUCUGGAUAGCCAUUUGCUUCGACAAGAUCAAGCCAAACGCGGUUCAACGUUAUACAUUUGAUUCAGAAAAAAGUUUAAUGGAUAAUGUUUUCUGGAAAAACACAUACGCCAGAGCAUUUGAGAGCAGCAUCGUCGGCCUAUUCAAGCAGCGGUAGAUCUACGUCGCCAAAUGGUAGAUUUGAUCAAACAGCACAACCAACCAGUCUCGUGCCACAAGGAGGAUUCGCAUACCAGGCCCAUGAGAAUAGUCAGUACCAAUUAUUGCCCGUAACCUCAACACAGAUCAAAAACACUCGAUAUACAACAUUGUCUGCACCUCUGUCGGGGCCUCAGCAAACAGGCUUAUCUGUUCAACUUAAACAUGUCAGAAGUAUUGUGACAAGUAUCAACACACCAGCGGUGCAGCCUACGGAAGAUCCUCAGAAUCAGUCUUGGGAACAGCCAGCACCUGAAGUAGCAAACGGCAGGCGGACAAGUCCAAAACCACACAGGCGAAUUCAUCAACCUUCAUCGACUGCAACAAACAGUGCUACAGCAGGAAGCUCUUCCUCGAACUCCCCCGUGAACUCAAAAAAUGGUCCAAAAUAUCCAAAGUACAAGACAAAAUCUUCUCGCCUCGACAGUUUUAAGGAAUGUCAACGCAUCGCUGCUUCAACAAACGUCUUAUCGGAAGCAGGAUUCUUUUACGCGGGGGCAGAGGACUGUACGCGCUGUUUUCAAUGUGGAAUAGGAUUACGAAAUUGGUCAAAGAACGACGAUCCUUGGACCGAGCAUGCGCGGUUUUCGCUUGAUUGUGAUCACGUGGUGUCAGUUAAAGGGAGGGAAUUCGUGAAUCUGGUCAAACUUGCCCUUGAACUGACUACAGAGAAAACAACAGGGGCAAGAAAAGGGUCCGACACAUUGGCAUCACCCACCAGUAACGCUAGCCAAGAAGAUUCAACAAACGAAAUUGACAAACUGAUGAAAACGGAAGCAGCUCAAAGUGUGUUGGAAAAUGAUUAUAGUGAAGAUUUGGUUAAAAAGGCGAUUAUAAAUGUCCUGAGAUCGAAAGGAGCAAACGCCAUAACGGGGGUUGAUCUGAUGCAGGAAAUAUUGGCAAUUGAAGAAGAGAGCGGCUGUCUUGACGAAAAACCCGUGGUGGAUGGACAAAAUAUGGCGGCAGUACUUUCCCGCGAAAACCAACACCUGCGGGACAAGGCACUGUGUUCGUAUUGUAAGCGGCUUGAAGUUUCCCUCGUGUUUCUGCCAUGUGGUCACCUCGUGUCCUGUAACACAUGUGGGAACAGGCAGAGGUCAUGUGUCACGUGUGGUUCAACUGUUAAGGGGACAGUUAGGACGUACAAUGCUUGAACUUUUUAGCAUUUACAUUUCACUGCAUUGUGUGUGCUAUGGAAAAGGGACGAGUAAAGCUUUAAUGUGUUCAUGUGGUCAGAUGACGUCCGUAUUGUUGUCGUCCAGAGCUUAUAUAGAGUUUUAGAUUUUAUUGUCAUUAUUACAAGAUUAAAAGAAAAGGAUUUAUUUAUCUUGCUCCAUAUGUCAACCAUCUAAGUAGAGGUUCUAUUGUGUUUUAAUUAUAGACAUACUUUAGUAUUCGUGUUGAUUUUUGUGUCACCAAUAUGACUUUUUGUGUUGAUCAUCAUCAUUUUAGCCUUACGCUAUAAAACAUAUAUGUUUGGAACGGUUUUGGUGUCGAAUAAUUAGAAUUAGAUGUAUGCUUCUUUGUAUUAUUUUUGUAUUUGUAUUUCAUUCAGAUGAUCUAUUGUGAAUCGCAGAUCUUAAGAUCUCAUAUCAGUAGCUUUAU